CUCUUCCCUUCAUUAUAUCAUGGCCACCACAAAAACGGCGCAAGUCAUUAGGUUACAUGCAGUGUUUCCCAAUCACUGUGCCUCCAGCUGUUGCAAAUCUACAACCCGCUGUCUGGGUGUGCUGGGGGUUGUAGUUUUGCGAUAGCUGGAAGCACACUGGUUGGGGGAACCCCUGGGCUAGAGCCAUGUGGUAUUUUUUUUAUUUUUUUCACCUUUUUAAAUUACUUUAACUGCAACAGAGCGAUCAGACUACGUCUUUUCCAUCAGUCCCAUACUAAGACCAACUUUCCCAGUGAUGAGAAGAGGUCUUCAAAAAUGUCUUUGGCAUUACCGCGUCCUCGCUACGACGUUUCACUCUUUCACUUAACAAGAAAAUUCAUGGACAUAAUAAAAUCUGCUCCGGAGGGCGUUGUGGACCUAAAUGAUGCCGCUAAACUGCUAGGGGUGAGGAAGAGAAGGGUGUACGAUAUCACCAACGUAUUAGAUGGGAUCCGACUCAUUCAGAAGAGAUCCAAAAACCUUGUCCAGUGGGUGGGGACAAGCCUGAACCACGCAGGCACUGGGAUCUCACAACUACAGCGGAUACGCAAUGAUAUCAGUGAUUUAUCGGCUAUGGAGGAAUCACUGGAUGAACUCAUCCUGGAUUGUGCUCACCAGCUAUUUCGGCUCUCAGAGGACAAGACCAACAAGAAUUUAGCAUAUGUAACCUAUCAAGACCUCCAUAGUUUAGAAGAUUACCAUGAGCAGAUAGUUUUCGCUGUGAAAGCUCCAGAAGAAACAAAGCUGGUGGUGCCAGCCCCAAAUGAGGACUGCAUAGAAAUCCAUAUCAAGAGUUCAAAAGGGCCGAUCGACGUGUUCCUAUGUGAGGUAGAGCAGCAAAAUGCAGAUGAGAAGUCAUUUGAAAAAUUAACAAAGACUCUAAAGAUGGAGCCAGAGCCAAUUCUUAUAGAUGAUGACUAAUUUACGAUGGUUUCUGUCAGUGGUGUCUGACUGACCCGACUGUCUACCAAUGUGUUACACAGACUCUUUGGAAGAGAUUCCUGGAUUCACGUCCCACAACGUCCGGGCUCUCAUGGACGCAGAAAUCUCAAGGAUAUGACUUAUCAGCUGUCUCAUCAAAAAGAACACUUAGCGCUUUUCUUGCAAGGAGUCCAGGCGGCUGGUAUGGAACGCCAUGUCUUCACAGCACUGCUGGCGUUCCAUGGAUGUCCUCAGUGUACGUCUGGCGGUGUUUUUAGCUGUCAGACCUAUAAAAAUAGAUAAAACUAAUUUAUGCCAGACCUCCCCCCCCCCCCCCCCAAGACAUUGCUGCUGAUAAGCGUUUGAUGGUCAUGAAUCACUGGUGUCUGUCAUACCUGACACAAGACUGUCACAUGACGAGACGCCUCGUGUCUCCACAACCUAGUGAAAACGGACGUUCUGCUAAAGAAUGAUAUAUAAUGGGAUGUCAGAAUAAUUAUACUGGACGGGAUGGCACAGUGCCCAUAAUGCCCUCCAGUUAAUUGUACCUUACGUGUAACCAACCAUCACGUGGAUGGGCUUUAUAGUUUGUGUAAAUAUAUUUGUACAUGUAGAUCCUAUUUUUAUUAAUAAAACGGGUACACAUCAGUAAAUGUGAAAAAGUAUGAUAUAUCCUGUUCAGUAAUUCCUUUUAAAGGCUGCUUAGCAGAUUCUAUAAAGUGUCACCCAUCUCUCCCGGACUCCUGACGGGCAAAAUCUCUAAGUUUUGCAGGAAUACAAGGGUUGACGAUGAAAGGGGCUCAACCUAUCAUUCCACUGUCUGAGAAAAUCCUAUAGUAACCCCCGUGUGAGCUGUAAAUGUGGCCAUAUCUAGAUGCUAUCCAGACAGAUAUAACGGUAGAAUAUAUGUAUUUUUUUUUUCCAGCUUUAUAACACAAUUUACU